AUGACAAGUGGUGAUAGCUGGGGCCAUCACGUGACGCGGCCUACCGAUGAUUCCCGGCAACUUUUGGGUGGGGAGCACCUCCCUCUGCACGACGUUGAGCCGGGGGCUUUUUUUGAAAACCUCUCAGCCAAGGAACCUCCACCACCGCAGCAGCCGACCAACACCCUUUCCACAUCCCCGCGACUCCUCCGACGACACCUCGAGCGUUUAGGCCUUGUUGUUUUCUUCUUUUUCCUCCCCCGAAAACACAACAACAACCACAACCCUUUCAAAAUGUUCUCCCGGGCUUCGACCAAGGCCGUCUCGGCUGUGUCCAGACUUGCUGCUGGCCGGACUGCUGUUGCUGUGCAGGCUAGGACUUUUAUUGCUCCUACUGUUGCGAGGAGAGCCGACUUCGUCCAGGAGCUCUACCUCAAGGAGCUCAAGGCCUACAAGCCCACCCCCGUCAAGGACUCGGACGCCGUCGGCCAGGUCGCCACCUUCAACCUCCCCAAGACGCCCAAGUCACCCGAGGAGGCCGACCUCGCCUCCAGCCUCAAGGAGUACGAGAGCAUGGCUGUCGAGGUCGAGGGCUCCGAGGUUGAUGCCAGCGGUGCUCAGACCACGGCUGUUGUGGAGGACUGGCUUGUUGAGGAGGAGGAGGAGGAUGGUGCUCACCACUAGAUUUCCUUUUAUCCUCGACAGCGCUGAAUAAACAUCCGCUUUCACCUUGGACCGGAGGGAACUUUCGGACGAAUGGAAGGAGGUAGAUGGGGAAUUAUACAUUAUUGGAACUUGGCGGUCAGGUCACGCUGGACUUCCAAGAUGGCAAAAAAAUGAAGGUGUGUGUUUGCGUUGAUGGUGGGUGGGGGAGGAUGAUUGAUUCCGGACAGAUGGGCCGUAGUCAAUGUGUACAUUGAUUUUUUUCUCCUUUCUGGUUUUUUUAUGAUGGCUCGCUCGCAGCGGUAUUGAACAAUCUCCCUGCUGGUUUAAAA